UGUGCCCGUGGAAGACAUACGGAGAGUUUUGAGCACAAAGUCAUCCACCAGUGCGAGGAGCUAAGUCGCAGGGUCUGGGUGCAGUCAGGACAUUUACCCACAGAAAACUCCUAUCACGGCAUGACCUUGUUACACCUGGCUGCAGCGCUGGGAUACGCCAAACUUAUCAAUGCUCUUAUCAAGUGGAGGACAGAGAAUCCUAAUCUUGUGUUGGAGUAUGAAGUGGACGCUCUGUCUCUUGAUGAUCACAUGUCUACUCCACUGCUUUGGGCAUGUGCCCUAGGCAAGACAGACGCUGCUUUGGUGCUGUACCACUGGAACCGCUCUGGUAUUGAAGUGUGCAAUCGUGACGGCCUCCUGCCUCUCUCGGCAGCCACCAGCCAGGGUCACCUCUCACUGGUCAGCCAGAUUGAGAUGUUGGAGAAAGCAGCGGGCAGCGUGGUCCUCCCGCGGUCCCCCCUCCCCCAGACCAACCCAUGUCCAUUCCUCAGUGUCACAUCCCCCAGCACCCCGGUGACCUCUACCUUACCUCUGACCUCAAACUCACCUUUGACCUCUGUCUGUAACCAUGGCAGCAACGCCGGUGGUUGCAACACGGGGGCACUGCAAAUUGAGAUUCCCGGCACUUCGACGCCUAAGUCUGUCACAGCUGCUGAGCGACGGAGCAAGAGGAGAGCCCAGCUCAAAAAGAGAUUCUCCGUCGACAGCAGUCAGUAUUUCUCCCGACCAAUGUCCGACUCUGCAGCCAGUGGGCAGCCGGAGUUCCACGUGAUUCGGUCAGCGAACUCUGACCCUCAUAUCAACUCUGACCUCAACACAUUCACAUCUGACAUUAUGAGUCUGGACAUGACACCCCUGGAGCCCGCAGACAUGGCGGCCUCGCUUGGAGGAGAUCUCCCCUUUGGCUCCCAUCGAGACACACUGGAUUUCCGAGAUUUGCGACGUCUGCCCUCUUCCAUGGGAGGAGAAGUGGUCACCAUGGAAGCUGAGAACUUCUCAGGCAGCGACAGCCCUAUCAUUGAUGUGGAGGCAGUGUCAUCGGAUGACGAGGGACAGUCACAUUCUACAGGGGAGUUUCAAUCUCAGCGCCAGAUGGUCACAUUAGCCAAUCAAAUCAUUGCUGCCAUGCCUGAGCGAAUCAAACUGUCUCCAAGUCGCGCAGAUGACUCGUCCUUCACACUGCCACGAGAACGCAGCAGCUCCUACAGCUCCUUUAGCUCCUACGGCUCGACAAACCCAGCAUGCACAGAGGAUUCUGGGAUAUCUACACCGAUGGGGGAUCCUUUUGCGCUGGAUGAAUCUAGAUACCCUAACCUGGGGACACCACCAAGUUCAGUGAACAGUCCGGAAUCAUCAUGUCUUCACAGUCCGUACAGUUUCACCCUGGACUCUCCGCCACCUACCACUCAGGACUUCACCGAGUACUUCAACGCACCCGCCAUCUUCAUGGAGAGAGAUUUCUCACAGCUCACUCUUUCAGAUGAAGAGCAGAGACGUCUCUAUGAGGCAGCUAAGGUUAUUCAGAGUGCAUACAAAAAGUUCCGUGACAAGAGAAAUCAGCAGCUGCAAAGACAGAGGCAGAUAGAGGCAGCCAUCUUGAUCCAGAAUUACUACAGGAGAUACAAACAGUAUGUGUACACCAGAAAGAUGUCCUCAGCUGCCGUCCUCAUUCAGUCUCAGUUCCGCAGCUACGCGGCUCAGAAAAGGUUCAAGAAGACGCGAGAGGCAGCAUUGCUGAUUCAAAACCAGUACAGGGCAUACAAAGAGCAGGAACGCUUAAAGAAGAGCAAAAACGAAGGGGUGAUGAUACAACAAAGAUUUAGGAGCCAUUAUCAAAGAAGGAGGAAGGUCACGCCAAUGGAGGCCCAAGGCUAUAACAGGUGGCCCUACUACGACAGGAUGCUAGUCUUAGAUAGACGGCUACUUAACAGGCUCUUCGGAGGAGCAAGGAGAUCAAACCUGCAACACCAGUGAACAACAACAACAACAGCAACAGUAGCAAUGUUGUGCGAGUCUGUAAAAGAAGCAGUAACAAUGACAACACAACAACAGCAGCAACAGUAGCAAUGUUGUGCAAGUGUGUAAAAAAAGGUAGUAACAUUGACAACUACCACAACUGUAGGACAUUGCAUCAGAAGUAACAGUAUGCUGAAUUGUUGCCGUUUAACAGUAGCAGUAACAUCAGCAAUGCACAGUGAUGUACAACAGUAACAAUGAAAUCACAGUACAGUAACAAGAGGCUGGUGUGAAUAGUUACAAUGCAGCAGCAUAUAGCGAUGCCAACACAUUUGACAGUGACAAAUACAACAACAAUAAUGUUGUUCAGGCUGAUGGCAAACAGUAAGAGUAUUGUUACAACAGCAACAGCUGCAGUAGCAGCAUUUUCACACAACACAGUGGUAAACAUAUGGCAAUGUUGCACACAGCUUUGGCAACAGUUGGAGCAAUAGUGUUACAUACAUAGAAAAUACAGCAAUGAUAAAAGUCAUUAUCAGUAACAGUACAGCUGCAGCAGCAACAACAAGAACACGGAGUAACAGCAGGAAAACUGUGCAAUACUGUCAUCAGAACAAAAGCAAUCGUACGCACAACUACUCACUGGUAACAUGUUUAGAAGAAAGAAUUGAAAUUGUUAUUAGGUUGAAUGCUGAGCCCUAUUUCCAGGGCUCCAGGUAGAAAAUGUCUAGAAGAGGAAGGCAGUGCAGCAUUUUUGCUUGGGUGUGUUGCAAUAUUGCAGUCAGAGAAUAGUUUGAUUGAUGCCAUGUGCCAUAGGGAUGUGUUCAGUUAUUCAAAGAUCCUGAUGUCCUUUUUUUUCUUGUAACUUACUUUGAUGUGCAGCUAUAUUAUUGAAGUAGAUGAAUUGCUGGAAAAUUUUACCAGUUUGUGGAACUUCGUUGUGUUGUAAUGUGCAAAGAUGCUGCCAAGUCGCGCACACAUUGUGCCGAAUUUGAAACAAAUGCGUUUGAAAUUGUCAAACUAUCUCUAGUUAAGAACUGGUCACUCAGUGUUUAAAUAUACCAUUUACAUUUUUUUCACAGUUUUUUAUGCGUGUUUAUAUUACUUGUAAGUAACCAAGAGAAAGCCUUUGUAUGUUUCAGUAAGGGGAAAAUAGACUGAAGGUUUCUGUUAGAUAGUUAUUGAGGUUGGAUAUUUUGAAUGGUAUGAGGAGUAAGAUUUUGUGGUAUGGCUUUAGUAAGCAAGACUGUGAUGAACUUGUUAGGAAGGAGACGUUGUGAUUUAGGUGUAAUUUAGACCUGAGCCCACCUUGUAUGUGUUCUUUGUUCUCAGUGCUCAAAUUUUCUUCGGUCUUUGUAUUUUACACUUUCAAUUGUAUGAUAGUUUCACACAAUUCUUCUGUGUUAUAUAUUGUCUCACCUAACACACUGUCACAUUUUUCCCAUUGCCACACCUAACACUGUCACACCUAACACACUUCUUUCACA